AUGCAGGACAUCUUUCGAGAUGAUUCAUAUGAGGGCUCUCAUUUCGCUCUCGGUCCACGCGGUUCCACUCUUGGUCCACGCGAUUCCACGCGUAGUUUGCGCGAUGCGAAAGCAGUAACGACGACACAACACGUCGUCGAUGGCGGUGCAUAUGCCGGCCUGUACAUCCUCAAAGUCUUCAAGGGGGCAAUCAUGCUCCUCCGCAUCCCGUUGACCCUCUUGCUGUUCCUAUGGAUGCUGGUAUUCUUGUUUGGCGCGAUGACGCAUACCAUCAGCGCUGCAUUCCAACCUCUUUGCUGGAUUCGAGGUUUGAGCAGCUUUGUUUUCUGCGCGUCUGCGAGUCCGCUGUCUGCUCAGGAUCCCCCGAAAUGGGCCGACUUUCCCUCCUUAGUGAGCUUGCAGACCACGACAAUGGAGCAGCUCCUGGAUGAAUCGAGCUCCGGCUCUUUUCUAGCACUCCAAAUGAAGAAAGCAGAGAUGGCCACAACAGAUCUAGUGACCCUGGUCAGAGUGAGCGACCUCAUGAGUCGGGAUACUGUAGCAAUUUGUAGGGGGGAAACGGAUUUUGGAGCGUUACGGAAACGUAACGCUGGAAACACGGAAACAGCCGUGAUGUUAUGCGUUACACUGGAAACGUCUUUGGAAACGCCGCCGCAGACGUCGGAGAAUGAGAAGAUGAGCACCAAAGGGCCAGGACCACCACAGGCCAUGAUCGAAAAGAUCGAGUACCUUGCGGAACUCGUCAACAAUCACGAGCCUGAAGACGAGGAGUUGGCCGCUGAAAUUCUGGCCGUCAAUGACUACGCGCUCCGGACCAUUGAAGCUGCGGAAGAGAAAUUUGUCGCCGCACUGUGGAAACAACUCAUACCGUGGAAGAAAUCAAACGCAGACGUUGUUCUCGAUGCAUUUGAAGCGUCCAUGAACUAUCUAUCGUUUACUCUGCAGCAGCUCGUUGUCGAAUUUGAGACCAACCUCCACAACUUGAAUAAACUCGAGGAGCAGUUAACCAUUCUCCACGAGAUCGUCACACGAGAGGAUAUCUCCCUGUCUGCAGCCAAAUCCGAGCUUCUCUCCAAUCUUUGGACCAUUCUGGGCGGGAAUCGCAGACAGCUGCGUGGUUACGAGAGUCAUUUGGACCUUUUGAGCCAUCUGGGGAGUUAUCGCAGACAGGCACUGGUCCAUGUGGUCUCGGCCCUGCAAACCCUUACUCAGAUGGGUGAAGACAUCGAGAAUCUUCGGGAGCGAGUGGCUGCACCCGAGUUGACUGGCGGAAGAAUUCCUGCUCAGGUGCACAUGAAGGGCAUUCAGAACGGGCUUGAGCGCAUCAAGGAGGGAAGGGCAAAGGCCAAGGAGAAGGAAACUCACGCUGUGCGCCGCAUCGUUGGCGGACUAAACUUGUAG